AUGCUGACCAUGCGCGAGCCUGCAAGUGCCUCGGGAACCGGUGGGGUUGGGGCUGGAGGGAAGCUGUUUUCAGGGUAUUUGGAUAGGAAGGGACGUGGCAGGACCCUCAUUGAUGGUGCAGUGGUGGGGGCAGUGGGGGCAGCGGGGGCAAGAGGGGCAGCGGGAGCGGUGGGGGCAGCGGGAGUGGUGGGGGCAGUGGGGGCAGUGGGCCGGGGGACGCCGGUGGGGGUAAUGGGGGCGAUGGGGGUGGGGGAGAAGGGCUCAUGGAGAAGAGAAGGGGAAGGAGAAGGGAGUGAGGGUGAGGGGAGUGGGUGUGGCAGGAGUGAUAGUGGGGAGAGGAGCGAUGUUAUUUCAGCAGAGGGAGGAGUGGGAGGAGUGGGAGGAGGAGGGGGAGGAGGAGCAGGCAUAGGGGAAGGGCAUGAGCACCGGCAGAAGAAGCAGCAGCAGCAGCAGCAGCAGCAGCAGCAGCAGCAGCAGCAACAGCAGCAACAGCAGCAGCAGAUGGUGACAGUAACGUUGAUGACAGCAAUGACGAGCGUGACAAUAACGAGGCCAAGCAGGCUCGGCGGCAGUGCCAUGCCGGCCGCCGUGGGUGCAGCUUUGGACGCUCGGGAUGACAUGGCAGACGCCGAGGUUGCACUGGAGGAAGCUUCCAAGGAAGUUGCACAGCUCACGGCAUGUACUGACACCGAGAAUAAAAGCACGAGUCUGGAGGGGCUUACAAGGGGGGAAGGGUUUACUGGUAACCAGGCAGGCAUUACGGUAACCGUUGACGGGGAAGAUGAGGGGAGCAGUAUGGGAAGCAAGGGUCUUGAAGUCAAAGGAGAGGGGAAAAGGAAGAUGGGGGAUGGGGAGGAGGGAGUGACUGAAGGAGAGGAGGAUAAUGCUGGAGGGGAGGAGUUGGGGGGGAGUAUUGUAGCGAAAGCUGACGAAGCGGGCAGUGGGGAGUCUACAAAGGAUGUGAAUCUGUCUUCUGCCCGUUCUUCUGCCCUAGCUGCCCUGGAACUAGCUCAGCUUGCCCGCAACGAAGCCGCUGCCCGAAUGCGGAACCAGCGGCGCCGGGCAGCUGCGAAAGUUUCGGAGCUGGAAGCUGCCCGGUCCCUCUACACCACGCUGCUUAGGGCAAAAGAAAAACGGGUCGCUGAAAUAAACAGUGCUGCUUAUGGGUUGAUUGGGGACAUGAAGGCAGCAACUGGGUGUGUAACACCGGGUGUGGUAACCCCACGAGGGGGGUCUGCUGCUAGUAGCGAAUUGCCAGAUGUGCAACACUGCACAGAUGGUGUAGAGGUUGACUAUAAUGAAGAGGGCUACUAG